UUGACGCAUUAUUGGCUUCAGCGGCCCGCGAAUAUUUCAAGAGAAAUAAACCCAAAUUUGGAAUUUCAUAGAAACUCAGGGAACUCUCAACUCUCCUUCUCACCCCUUUCUCUCUCCACUCUGCCUCCAAAUAUUUUUGCUCACUCUCGCUUCCCGCUCUCUCUUCCCCCCAUCUUUUUCCAUUUCUCUCUCAAAACGGAAACCCUAACAAUCCAAAUAUCACUUUUGAGUUCGCCUUCUUCUUCUUCUCUUGUUCUAUCUACCUCUCACUCACUCGCUGAGCUUUUUCUCAUCAGCAAGAUUUCUAGGGUUUUUGAAACCUCAGCGUAAUUACAUAUUCGAUCUUCGUUCCCUAGAAAUUUACUCGAGCGCCCUGCUUGUUCGUUUUCGUCAUUUCUGAGCUUAAUUUUGGCUGUUUGGUUAUCAAGCUCUGGACUUGGGGUAUUUUGUCUGCAGGUUUGGAAUCUCUGGUUUGGGUGGUAGUUUGAUGUCAAAGGAACUGCUCUGAACCUUUUGGUCAGGAAAGGCCAGAUUGUUGUCUUUCAUACUUUUACAGGACAUCUCAUUUUGAUAGCACUUACUGAAUGGUGCGGAGUGAAGAUUUUGGAUGACUGGACUGUGGGCAUGCAGGGGUAGAUUUCCCUUUUUUUCUUGUCUCUGUGUAUAUCCUGUAUGUAAAAGAACUUAGGCGAAUUUUUAUUCCAAAUCAUCCAUGGAGUGCAACAAAGAGGAGGCAGUCAGGGCAAUGCAACUUUCUGAGAUAAAGAUACAAAGCAAUGAUUUUACAGGAGCAAGGAAGAUGGCACAAAAGGCACACCGACUCUUCCCUGAGCUUGAGAACAUUGAGAAGUUACUCACUGUCUGUGAAGUUCACUGUUCAUCGGAAAACAAAAUAGGUGGAUCUGAAAUGGACUGGUAUGGAAUUCUUCAGAUUCAAAAAUUUGAUAACGAUGCAACCAUCAAAAAACAGUACAGGAAGCUUGCGCUGUUACUACAUCCUGAUAAAAAUAAGUUUUCUGGUGCGGAGGCUGCUUUUAAGCUGAUCGGGGAAGCAAACAGGGUGCUGGCAGACCAAGCGAAACGCUCUGUGUAUGACAUGAAGUGUAGAGCUCUAUCAAAAACUGGUGCACCAAAACCAUCAGCUCAUCCAUCAAACGGAAACUUAUUUGUCAGGAAACAUAACAAUACUGCAAGCAAUAUUCAGAGUAGUCCUCAGUCACAGUACACUAGCAUGAAUCAACAUCAACAGGCGCAACCAGAAACAUUCUGGACAUGUUGUCCUUUUUGUAAGAUAAAAUACCAAUACCACCAAGACUUUGCAAACCGAUUGUUACGCUGUCAAAAAUGCCGAAGAGCCUUUGUUGCUCAUGAUUUGGGUAUUCAAUUUCAGGUGCAUCCAGAAUCUGUCAGGAAUCAAUUUCCGAAUCAAAAAGAGCCUCCAAGUCAGGGUGCUUCUAAUGUAGCCUCACAAAGUAAUGGUGGAACUGGAAACCCAUCCUCCACAAAAUAUCAAAAUGGAAAUGCAGCCUCAAAUCCAUUGUCAAAGACAGGAUUUUCUGCUGAUGUCAGUAGGGAUUCUAACAGUGAAAAGAAAGAUAUUGGGCAUGGGGUUGGAAUGUCCAAGUCUGGUCCAGUGAAGUCCAAGGAUUCAGAAAUUUCAAGAAAUAAGAACAAGAAAAGAGGAAGGAAUUCCAUUUUUGAAUCCAAUGAAAGCUGCAAGACUGGAAACAGAGCUACAUCUGAUUCUGAACAUGUUAUUAUUCAAGAGAAGGUCAGUAAGCUAUCUGAACCCAAUGGAGGCAAUCACAAUAGGAGAUCUUCGAGGAAAAAGCAGAAUCUUUCUUAUAAUGAAAAUCUAAAUGAUAAUGAUUUUGUGAGUCCUCCCAAGAGGUGGAGGGACAGCCAAUUGUCCAGUGGGGUAUCUAAGACUGAUGGCUCAACUGAUUCUGCUACUACUGCUUCUGUGGGUGGACAUAAGAAUGAGGCAGAACAAAACAUGACUGCCCCUUUAGAAGAAUGUUCGCCCAGCAAGAGAAGCAAACCUGGUGAAUUUGAGAAAAAUGUCAAGGAAGCAGCUAUGCCAGAUAAUGAUGAUGAUAAGUCGAAUGCUGAUGUUGGUCCUGGACCAAGUUCAAAUGUCGCAUCCAUGCCAGCGAGAGUUGAGGUUCCUGAUCCUGAAUUUAAUAAAUUUGGGCUUGGUGAGGAUAUGUUGGAAAAUGUUUUUAGUGCUAAUCAGACAUGGGCUCUUUAUGAUCCAGUAGAUGGCAUGCCAAGAUUCUAUGCUCGUGUCAAAAAGGUAUUCAGACCUGGAUUUAAGGUGAGAUUCACCUGGCUGGAGUCCAAUCCAGAUGACCAAGGUGAGAUUGCUUGGUGUAACAAGGAGUUGCCAGUUGCUUGUGGUAAGUACACACUUGGUCACACUCAAGAAGUUACAGAUCAUCUUAUGUUUUCUCAUCAGAUGCACUGCAUAAAAGGCAGUGGCAGGAGCUCUUUUUUUGUAUAUCCUAGGAAGGGAGAAACCUGGGCCCUGUACCAGAAUUGGGAUAUUGGAUGGAGUUCUGAGCCUGAAAAGCAUGUACCAUACAAAUUUGAAUUUGUGGAAGUCGUGUCAGAUUUUGAUGAAAAUAAUGGUGUUGGAGUUGCUUAUCUAGGCAAAGUAAAAGGAUUUGUCAGUCUGUUUCAGCGAAGUGAGCAGCAUGGGGUUAUCUUGUUUCAAGUACCACGUAAUGAGCUAUAUAGAUUUUCUCAUCGAAUUCCAUCGUUCAAGAUGACUGGUGAUGAAGGAGAUGGUGUUCCGAAAGAAUCCUUUGAGUUUGACCCUGCUUCUUUGCCCACCAAUCUUGAUGAUUUCAUUGACUUGAAAAAGGAUAACAGAGCCAUGAAUACUGAACCUAAUGGUUUGUCCCGUGAGUUCCUAGAAAGUGAAGGCAAACCUGUUAUGGGUUCUGGGAGAGUAUGCGCAGCUGAGAAACAGGAGAAUUCUGAAAGAGAGACUUCAAUGCGUAGAUCUCCAAGAAAGGCAAAUAGCCAGUCUGCUAGUUCUGUUAAACUAGAAGCGACUCGAUGUGACCUUACUCAACCCACAGGAAGUGCUUCUGCAUGUCAGGCUGAUGAAAUUAUCAAAACACCAAAGAAACAUCUGAAAAAUGAUUCUGAUAGCGAGACUUUCAGGCUUAGAAGAUCACCAAGGGAUUUAAGUAAGAACAGUACCAGAGCAAAUGUAACUAUGAAGCGCCCAGAUUCCACCAACGAUGAAAGCCAUCCCAACUUCACACCGUCCAAAAUAAACUCUACUUCUGGUCAGUCAGAUGACAGAAUGCAUUCAAGUGUGAAGGAUCUUCCUUCUGUCAGUUCCAUGAAAAGCCCUGUUACCCCUCCAUCUUCAUCUCCUGCCCGUAGAUUAUCGCAGACUCAGUUCUAUGACUUUGAUGGGCAAAAAUCUGAGGAGAAAUUUCAGCUUGGUCAAAUAUGGGCAUUGUAUAGUGAGAGGAGUGGGAUGCCUAAGACUUACGCUCAAAUUAAGAGGAUUGAGUCUAAGCCAAAUUUUCAAUUGCAUAUGGCACUGCUUGAACCUUGCUUGGAACCGGAAGGCAUGAGUGAACCAGUUUGUUGUGGGACAUUUAAAGUCAAAGGUGGUCAAACCAAGGUCUUCCCGCGCACCUCAUUUUCUCAUUGUUUGAAAGCCAAACCUGUUGGUAAGAAGAAUUUUGAAAUAAACCCCAGGAAAGGUGAAGUUUGGGCACUAUACAAGAACCACAACCCUGAGUUGGCCUAUCCUAACCUGGGGAAGGGUGAAAGUGAGAUAGUAGAAGUCCUGGACGAUAAUGACCAGAGCACAAAGGUUGUGGUUCUGGCCAAGCUUAAUGGAUAUAAAUCAGUAUAUAGGGCUCCGAGAAUCCACAGAUUGAAAACUGGUGUGAUUGACAUACCACGGGCGGAGAUUGGUAGAUUCUCUCACCAAAUUCUGGCUUUUCAGCAUACCAUGGAGAGUGACAGUCGACUUGCAGGAUAUUGGGAGCUUGAUCCGUUAUCAAUUCCUGGUAUUACGACCAUUUUAAAUUAGAAAUGUAGUAGAUUGUAGCAUCCUUUGUGUACCAUUGAUGUAACAGAACUUUUGCUACAAUGCUGCACGAGAAAAAUGGAAUGAACUAGAAAUUAAUGUCAAUUUACUUUUUCUUUCUGUUA